AUAAAUGAUUAUGAGAUCAAUUUAAAAUUUGCAAAAAUAAUUAGUAAUCUUUCAUUUUGUUCAAGGAAACACUAUAUUCAUUUUAGUAAAACAAUAAUAAUUAAUACUAUUUUAUAAUAUUAGAAGAUGAUUAAAUUUAUAUUGUAUUUUACUAGUGUCUUGUUGAGUUUAAUUGGGCAAUCACAGAACAUUAGAUCAUUUUUUUCUGAUCCCUUCAAAAACAUAACACCAAUAUGUGACCCAAAUGAAGAUUCAAUAAACAAGAAUUCAGAAGAUAUGUCAAAAGAAAAUACAAAAAAAAUCCCAGAUGAUUUGUUAUGUCAUUUUUGUGAGUCGGAGGAGAACUCGGUUACCUUUUACCCCUGUGGUCACAUUACAGGAAACUAUUGCGCAAAUAAAUUCUUAAGACGAGAUGGUAAUUGUCCUUUUUGUUUGCAAAAGAUAAUAUAUUAUAAAGAUAUUGUUAAUUUGGAAGAUCAUGAUUUUGAAAGCCAAAGCCCAUACCGAUUUCGUUCCCUUACUGAAAAAGAGUUGAAUAAUUUAAAGUCUAAAAUUAAGAAAGGUAUGACUGACGAAGAAUUUAUGGCACGUUUUUGGUACCUUCGACGCUGCCAAGAACCAGAUUAUUAUAUGCUGUUGCGCAUUGAAUGUAGAAUUAUAACUAAGGCAGAUCGUAGAAAUAUCGCUAAGUUAAAGAAGGCAAUUUUGUCCGGCGACAUUCCAGAAAUAACUGUAUACAAAAAAUAUUUUAGAGCAUUAUUAAAUGACACGGAAACUACAAUGUUAAAUGGAUAUUAUAAUAAAUUCCAAACAGGUUACACAAAAUACGAACUUAAAAUACGAAAGAAUUACCUCAACUUCACAUAUACGUAAUUAUUUAUAGAUUUCAGAAUUUAGUAAAACAAUUUUUAUAUUGUGUAUACACUAUAAGUUUUUUUUAAUAAUUAAGAUAUAAUAAAAACUCAUUAAGCAAACAAUUUAUUUUAUAAAAGUAACAAAAUUUGUGUUAAAUAAUAAAGGAGAUA